GAUUCCCUCUUCUCAUCCACAUCUCUCUCUCUCUCUCUCUCUCUCUCUGAACAACCAAGUCUAUAUUUUUGUUCAUAUUUGUGUGGCUAUAGUUGGAUUUUUCUUGGUAACAUUAUCAACUAUGGUUAUCAAACUAUGAACAAGAAACAAAUGUAGAUUACUACUUCUUAUUCAUCUUCACUUCCAUUUAUCAUCUCUUGUUUCUUUUACAAACUCAAAUAAAAAACAAAACUUGUCUCUUGGGUUGGUUCCAAAUUAUAUCACCAAAAAAACCAACUAGUCCUUGUUCUUGUUCUUGUUCCAUCCUUCAUAAACUGUUUCUGAGUUCAAUAUCAACUUUUUCUUCUUCUACUUUGUUCAUUCUCUCUCACUAUUCACUACUGUGAGCUAAAUAGUGUUUGUGUUCCUUUUCUGUUUUUGGUAAGGUUUUUUAUUUGUAUUUAGAUCCAAAAAACAUUACCAACAUAUAAAAAACACAAGAUCUAUAUGGUCUAUAAGACAACAUAAAACAAAACAACCUUAGUUUUCUAAAACAAAACCUUGACUUGCAAACAUAAGAUGGUAAAAGGUUUGAUGAUGUUUCAACAGCAACAAGUAGUGGAAGAAAACAUGUCAAACUUAACUUCUGCAUCUGGUGAAGCUAGUGUUUCUUCUGGUAAUAGAACUGAAAUUGGUACUAGUAGUAGUUACCCUCAAGUUCAACAACAAUACUUGGUUCCUCCAACACAAUCUCAACCAAUGAAAAAAAAGAGAAACCUCCCUGGUAACCCAGACCCUGAUGCUGAAGUUAUAGCUAUGUCACCAAAGAGUUUACUAGCAAAAAACAGGUUCAUAUGUGAGAUCUGCAACAAAGGGUUUCAAAGAGAUCAAAAUCUUCAACUUCACAGAAGAGGUCAUAAUUUACCAUGGAAGUUGAAACAAAGAACAAGUAAAGAGAUUAGAAAGAAAGUAUAUGUAUGUCCAGAACCAACUUGUGUGCAUCAUGAUCCAUCAAGAGCAUUAGGGGAUUUGACUGGAAUCAAGAAACACUUUUCCAGAAAGCAUGGUGAGAAGAAGUGGAAAUGUGAAAAGUGUUCAAAGAAAUAUGCUGUUCAAUCUGAUUGGAAAGCUCAUUCCAAAACUUGUGGCACUAGAGAAUAUAGAUGUGACUGUGGAACCCUCUUCUCAAGAAGGGACAGUUUCAUAACACAUAGAGCAUUUUGUGAUGCAUUAGCAGAAGAGAGUGCAAGAGCUAUGACAAAUAAUGCAAUGCCAAUUUUACCCUCACAACAACAACUUUCAUCAUCAUCUUCUCAUCAUCAUCACAUGAUAAAUCUACAAAACCAAUUCAAUAAUCCUCAACAAGAUCUUCAUAAUUUCCCAUUAUUGAAAAAAGAGCAACAUAAUCAAAGUUUUAACCUUUCUGAAAUUCCACCUUGGCUUGGCCCACAUAAUGUUGAUAAUCUCUCAUCAUCAUCAUCAAUAUUUUCUCAACAUCAUCAUCAUCAAGAAAACCCUAACCCUAGUCUUGUUCAUGUUUCUGGACCCACACUCCCUUCUUACCAAACAGUACCUUCGGCACACAUGUCAGCUACUGCAUUGUUGCAGAAAGCAGCUCAAAUGGGUGCAACAAUGAAUAGAAGUGGUUCUGCUUCUUCACCUGCUAUGAAUAUCAAGACCCACCAAGUUGAUUCUCUCAAUAAUGUCUCUGGUAAUUUUGGUUUGAAUUUGUUGUCAUCAUCACAAGAACAACAGCAACAUCAACAAAACACACAAGAAACAAAUACUACUUCAACAUAUCUUAAUAAUAUUCAUGAUGUUAUGUUUUCUUCUUCUUCAUCUCCUUCUGGAUUUGAAGCAACCCAUUUUGAUGAAAUGUUUGGUGGCAUUAUGAAUUCAAAGAAAGAUCAAAACUUGCAUCAUGAAACAAGCCUCUCUAAAAAACCAACUUCCACCGCCGAAGACGGUGGUGGCGGUGGCGGCGGAGGUGGUGGAAAUGAGGGUUUGACAAGAGAUUUCUUGGGGCUUAGGCCAUUGUCACAUAGUGAUAUUCUAAGUAUUGCAGGGAUUGGAAACUGCAUGAAUGAUCAACAACAACAAAAUCAAUCUCAAAAGCCAUCAUGGCAAGGUUAGGUCCAAAUAUACAAGGGAAAGAUAUUAUGGAUUUUUUGUUUAAUUCUAUUCAUCUUCUAUAUAAAUUUUAUUCUUUUUCAUUUUGGUGGUUCAAUUUUGUUAUGAUCUUUGUUGAUAUUUAUCUUUCCAAAGGGAAGGACCUUUCUUGAAUGAUCCCAAUAUUUUCAUUGCUUAUGUA